AUUUUAUUCUCUUUUAGACUGAGAUCGCACAAUCUGCCUUCUAUAUAACUACCAGCAACUGGCCAGAAGAUACUGCUUUGCCCGUUGACUUACUUCCAAUCCAUCCUCUAUUUUCCUUUCUCCUGUUUACUGAAACCUAUUAAGGGUUACAGAUUAUCUUCGCUUUGAUUUGGGGUUGAUCUUCAAACGCCAUCAUAUUUUAUCAAUAAAAAUACCUUUCUCUCCGAUUUCUAAUUCAAGAACCAACAAAUAACGAACAAAAAAUCUUCAAUUCAAAAUGUUUAAGCAACCACAGCAAAACCACUUGAAUACCGCCAAUAACAAUAUUAGCAAUGAUGGUGAUACUGAGACUACUGCUCCUUCUCACUCUACUCAAUUUAUCAAUAAUGAUAAUAACAAUUUAAUAAUCAACGAAUUAAACGAUGACAACGAUAUCUUAAACGACAAAUAUAAUGAUGACUUUAAUGACAUUCUAUCACCACAAAUUUUUCCAUCUUCAAUUGAUAAUCAAUCCAAUAUCCAAUCAAAUUUUAAUGAUAACAAUAGUAACUAUCCUUUAUCUGCUUCAAUGGAAUUAACAAACUCAUUUUCGUUAAUUUCCUGGAAAUCCUUGGAUUCAUCGUUUAACAAUAUCAAUAUCAAUCAAAAUAAUAACCAAAAUAGUAUUCAAAAUAAUCAAAAUAAUCAAAAUACUUUUACUUUUAACAAUAAUAUUAUUAACAAUCUAAAUAAUCUAAAUAUCUUUAAUAUUCAUAAUGAUUCUACUAAAUCAAAUUCCAUCCUAUCUUCAUCCGAUAACGAAUUGGAUACACAUAGUAUUAAUAAUUCAAUCAAUCAUAAUCCAAUCAAUCAAAAUCCAACCUAUCACAACCCAAUCCAUCAUAAUUCAAAUCCUAAUAACGCAAACAACACAAACACCAAUAUAAAUAAAUAUAUCAAUAAAAAUACAAUAAAUCACAAAAAUUCAAUCGACAGCAUUCAAAACAACUCAAACGAUUCUGAUGACUCUGAGACUUUUGAUAUCAACUUGAACCCCCCUUUAUUAUCCACAAAACAACUACUAUCCAAGUUUAAUAUUGCUUCUGAAAAUAACACCAACGACAACAGUAUCUCAACAGUCAAACAGUUGCCUACACUAACCAAAAACUCUCCGGCUAACACUCCAAACGAUUCCCCAAAGAAUUCACUAACCUUAAACCAAAAUGCUAAUAACAAUAACCUAAAUCCCUCUCAACAAGCCUCUUCCUAUUUAAAGGAUUCCUUAUCAAAAUCAAGGAGGAAAUCAUCGUUCGUUAUGCCAAAAUUAUCUCUACAAAACUCUUCUCUUAUCAGAAACCACAAGAAGAAAAAACUAAUUAAAAUUUGUUUAGUUGGUGAAAAACCAAUUUUAAUUAAUAUUCAAAAUAAUUUAUUAAAUUUAAUCAAUGACAGCACUAAUAACAAAUCCACAAAUAAUGACAAUAUUAAUAUCAAUAUCAGCAAUGAUGACUAUACUUUAAAUUUUACAAAUUUAAACCAUUCAAUAGAUCUAAUCUUAUUAGUCUUUGAUAAAUUCAAUGGCUUAUAUUCAAAGGAUUUAUUUAACGUUAUAGCUAAAUAUAAUAAACCAAUUAUACCCAUCAUCUAUCUUAUUAAUUCAAUCAACACUGGUUAUAUUAAUGAUAGUUAUAAUAACGUUUCAAAUGAUUUUCAAUACAAUGAUACAACUUUACUAAAUAUAUUACAAAAUUUCAAUCUAAAAAUCAACACCUUGCCAAUAAUUUUAAAAACUAAUCAAGAUUACUCAAAUUUAUUGAAUGAUAUCUUAAUAACUUUUAAUAACCAACUAGAUAUCAAUAAUAAUAAUAAAUUUUAUGUUAAUAAAAAUCACAAUUCAAAUUUAAAUUUAAAUUUCCAGUCUGAUAAUGAUGAAGAUGACAGUGAUGCUAAUAAUAACAAAAAUUUUAAUGUUGACAUCAAUGGUAAUGGCGAUGAUUAUGACUUGGUUGAAAACGAAAGAGAACUCAUCCAACAAAUGGCAUCAGAUUGGACACAGUCUUUGAUAUUUUCUGAUUCCAAAUCUUCAAAUGCUGAUCCAAAUGUUUCUAGAAGUAAAAAUAAAUCAAAAAAUACAAGAAAUAAUCUCAAAAAUAAGAACAAGUUCAAACCAUAUAGUUCUUUUACAGCUAAUAAGAAUUCAAAUCAUGAUCUUAAUCAGCACCAUGUUUUCAAAUCUAAUUUCACUUUAAAUCCAAAUAUUAUUAUUUCUAAUAAUAAUGUCAAUAGUAAGAAAAAAUCUGCUAGUAAAAAAAGUUUAAAAAAUUCCCUGAUUGAUAAUUUAGACCCUCUAUCUUUAGAUCAAAAUUUGGUUGAUCUAGCUUUGAAAAUCGGAACUGGUUUCGGUGUUAUUGGAUUUCUACUAUUAAUUUACUAUAUUAAAGACGUCAAUCAAUCUCUAAAAGAUAAUUUGAAAUCAUCCCCAUCUUUAAAUAAUAAAGAAAUAAUUCUUCCAAGUAAAAAAAAUUCAAUAUUGGAACAUAUAAUCACAUUUGCUUCAUCGUUAGCAACAACUUCAUCGUCAUCUUCAUCUUCUGUAUCUCCGGAUUUAGUUUCUAAUUCAAAUAGUUAUUUUAACACUCAAUUCAUUUCAAAUUAUUAUGUUGAUCUAAAUAAUUUAAAAUCCUUGAUUAUCGUUAGCACGCAAAAUAUUAUUUAUAAAACAAAAGAUUUGAUUUUAACCUUUUUUUAUAAAUUUGCUUUUUACUGUUAAUUUAAUUGAACUUGAUCAGUUUUGUUUUCCUUUUUGUUGGUUUUCAACUUUUUUCAUUUGGCAAAAUGCUUUAUGAUCAGUAUCUAUCAUACUAGAAGGUUCAAAAUUCAAAUCGAUUAUUUUUAAUUUACCAAUUAUUCUUACCAAUUCGUUAAGUUUCUUUCUUUUUUGCAUUUUAAUUUUUUAGGAAUUUUUUUUUAAAAAAAUUCAACUAUUUUUUAAACCAUUUUGGCUAAUUGUAUUUGAUCUCCGACUUUAAUUCAAAUUUACUAUUAUUAUUGUUAUUUCCUUACUUUUUUUUCUCCAUUAGACAUACAUUUAUAACCAACUAAG